CCCAUCCUGCUUGUCGUGCCCAUUUCUUGCCGCCUACUGAAGACUGUUUGCAUAAACCCGAUAUGCCUCGAGAAUUACCUGGACUGUACUGGAAUGAAGAGAAGCAGCGAUAUUUCCCGCUGUCCUCUAAGCCGAAAAUCUCUUCGGCUCUUUCUACUCCCCAUGCAUACCCAUCCGCAUAUCCACAGCAAUCUUUGCGCCCUCUAUCGAUGCGAAAUAACUCGGAAAAAUCUGAAGCUAAGCGGAGGAUAGUGGACAAUGUCCAUAAUAUGUGGCAUGCCUCGGAGACAUCGCGGGCCACAGGUGCCCCUUGGCGUCGAAGUAGAGCGUUGCAUGAUAUUUCAGCAAUAUCGAUGGCACGAACUUCUUUACGCUGCAGUCGGGACAUCCCUACACAAGGAAUUACGGCCUUUUGCUCUACCGGGAAUACGUCAUCCGGGAACGGGUCAACCACUGUCUUAGCGGGUGAUGCUCGGGGGUGGCUUCACUACCUCGAGGGAGACCCUGAACGCAUGUCCUGCUCCAUGGAGAUCAAUCUAGGAUCCUCGAUAUCUUCUAUAUGCUCCUGGGGCACACAUUACGUUGCCACGUCGUUUGGAGCACCAGCAAAAAUUCUCGUUCGGAACAGCUACCCUGAAGAGGCCUGGUCAAUAUUUGGGCUCUCAGAACGCACAUGCCAUGAUGUGUGGAAUGCACAUUUGUAUGACCGUAGGCUUUUGCUAGGCGCGGCGAAAAAGGCGUAUGUGUUGCUAGAUAUUGAGAUUGGACGAGGAUCGCAGACCCUUGAGACGGGCAGCGACGUGCUGGCUGUCCACCUGGAUAAUCACCUCGCCUAUACUGGGACUCGACAUGGGCUCAUCAAUCGUUUUGACACACGCAUAAACACGCGAACUCGUCAAACAUUGUUAGACCAAAGAUUCCAGAGAACUACGAGCUCCAUCACCCAUCUCAACAUCGUACAUGAUUGGGAGCUGCUCGUCAGUACGAUCCGAGGUGACCUAGAAACGCAUGACAUGCGGUUUAUGCGCGGGGCGACGCCGCUUAUGCAGUUUCAUGGACACGUUAAUUCGUAUAGCUUCCCAUUGGGACUUGCUGUCGAUCCACAGGAGGACUUCCUCUUUGCAGCAGGGCAAGAUCAUAUUGUACGCAGCUGGUCUCUACGUACGGGGCAGCGAGUCAUUUCACCGGCCGAUUGUGCAUGCAUCGAGCAAAAGCCACUGCUUGACAGAGCAUUUGACGGAUAUAUCGCAGCCAUGCAGGUAUUAUCGACCGACAUGGGUCCAUGUUUAUGGGUCGCAUCGGGCCCUACUUUGCAUUUGUAUCAUCUUGGUCAACGCAGUGUUGAGAUCCUGGCAUAACCGCAAUCCUGCAGUUUAUAAACAAAUAGUCUCAUGGA